AUGCCACCUCAACAAGCCUGGGCCAGUCGACAAUUCCAGGACUGCGACUCGGAUGGAAAAUCACGCGCCGUCCAGUGCAAGUGGUGCAUAGAGAAAAAAGUCGCCUACAACAGCACUUCGCGCAAAACUUCCCAUCUCAAACAAUGUGUCGCAUUCAACGAACACGUCGUCCAGCUCGUCGAGGCCGAAAACGCUGGCGGCUACCUGUGUAGAGAGCUGGAGCAAAUGCCCGUCUCGGUCUUGGAAGCCGUCUUGAACCAAACCGGCUGCCGACGACUGCAACAAGGCCACGGACAAGGCGCCGUAGGCAUGGGAGCAGUCAAUGGAGGAAACCUGGGCGCGCAGGCCGCUGCCGUCCUGUUUGGCAAUGGUGGUGUUGCCGCUGCACCACCGAGACUGAACGGCAUCAACGACACACCUCGCUCUGACCGACCCACACCUUCCUCUGCACUGCGCGCCGGCGCAAACCCCAUCUCGCACGCGUCGACACCCACCACUCAGCCGCCCGCACGCAAUGGAGCCGCUUACAAUCGCGCACAGAUCGACAGGGCCUUCGCGUCCGCGCUCAAUCACCCUUCCACCAGUUCUCCCGCGCUUCAAUCCCAUCAAACACCGUCCUCGCUCCAGCCCGCCAAUGGCCAAGAUGUCUCGAGUCUGCUCAACACAUUCACUCCCACCGCGCACCCUGCCAUCUCAGACGCCCUACGCCUACUGGACAAAGACACACGCGUCAGAAUAGCCAGAGAAUUGCUCAACGAGGCCUACGAGGACGUGAAAAGAGCCGUGGACAAUUACAUUGAAAAACAACAGUACCUCAAUGGCAUCAUUGAAUACGACGGUGUUGAAUUGGGCGCAGAUGAGCAGGGACGUUAG